AUGUUCAUAGUAGUGACAGGUGACGCGACGUGAACGGAGUGCUAUGAUUUUCGUUACGCGUCUGCGCGCGCCCUGCAUCAGCGCCACAUGGCAAUCAGAUGGUAAAUGCAACUUUUAAGAACAGCUUUUGAAGGCAGCUAUGGUUUUGUUGUUACAGUACGAAGGCCGACAAUGUGAGAAAAUACACAACCAAACGGCAAUGACUAGGCCUACUGCGGAAACGAGACUAGGAGCAAGACGCAAUCAUGAGUUCUUCUUUUCCCAAAUCCGAAUCUAGGACGUUCUUGCAGAAAUCUUCCUCGGUAAGCGGUAGAUCGACAUACUUCCCUGAAUGCACGACAGGAACCGACCGAAGUCGUCAUCAUCGUCCAGCUGCAAUUCAAGUGAGCAGCAAAGCCGCAGAGGAGUCAUUAUUGUCGGCAGAGUGCGACGAUAGUGCGCGGAGACCCCUGUGCCACCCUUCGCUACUCGGUAACGUUACUAGCUCGGGUCGUUGCCCUAUUCUGGGUAAGAGCCAGCCCUACGCCUCGCACGGCCAGAUACCCGCUGCCAACUACCAGGAUGACCCAUCUGAGCAACAUGGUUUGGGCCGAGGUGUGAGUGGACACUGCAAGUCAUCCAAGCAUCACCGGAAAACGACCCGGGACGACCCGUCACCUGCAAACCACCACAGCCACACUCACCCUACCCACUUGGACCCCAGAAUACAGCCCCACUCUGAUUGCAGAGAUGACACCGCGCUAUUUUUUGACUCGAGGGACCAUACAAGGCCAAGUUCGUCCGCUAGCGGGAAUGCCAGCAUCCCUUCCCCAGCUUCCUCAUCGCCUAUCCCCGUGUCCAGCCGAUCCUCUCACCGCUCCGGAAGGUCCAGUGCGGCAUCCUUUGAAUCCGACUUCAAUUUGCGACCAAUUCUCAGCUCGGUUUUUGGGCAGAACAGAAAGCUGAGGCCAGAGGAGAUUGAUGAGUUGCGGGAUGCUUUUAAGGAGUUUGAUAAGAACAAAGACGGUUUCAUCAGCUGUAAAGACCUGGGAAACUGCAUGAGAUCCAUGGGAUACAUGCCUACUGAAAUGGAGUUGAUAGAACUGAGCCAACAGAUCAACAUGAAUUUGGGAGGUCAUGUUGAUUUUGAGGAUUUUGUGGAGUUGAUGGGCCCCAAACUUCUCGCUGAAACUGCAGAUAUGAUUGGUGUGAAAGAACUAAGAGAUGCCUUCAAAGAGUUUGACGCCAAUGGUGAUGGAGCUAUAAGCAUAGCUGAGCUGAGAGAAGCCAUGAGGAAGUUGCUGGGACAACAGGUUGGCCAUAGGGACUUAGAGGAUAUCCUGAGGGACAUUGACUUGAAUGGUGAUGGGCAUGUUGACUUUGAAGAGUUUGUACGAAUGAUGUUCCGCUGAGAGGAGGAGUGGUCAAUAUGGCUUCAAGUUAUUUAUGCUGAAUGUGAACCUCUGCCACUUUUUCAUCAUCGAAUGAGCAAAGCAGAGGAAAUACUAGGACCUCUGAGCAAUUUCUUUCCUGAGGGAAACUGGAAUUAAAGCCCUUACAUCUAAGGAGAAACGGAUUAACACUGUUCUCCCCAAAAUAGUGUUCUUCUCUAAAAGCCCCACAGUCCAACAGAGGCAAAUUCUACUGUAGUUUACAGACUGACCUGCUUAUGGUUUCCUGCACUUUUAACCCUCCACAAACUGCAUACACUUGUGUGUAGCCUGCUAUUUAGGCAAGUUUUGUUUCUCGACCUUUAAAGGGCAAUCCGCCAUUGAAACAAUAACGCUUGUGUUUUGGUAAAAGGCUAAGGAGUAAGCCUGGAAAAAUGGAACCACUUUGAAAUUCAUGGACAGCUCAAAGACUGACCAUCCAUGAUAUCAACAUUCUAGUUUUAACCAUGUUUGAGGCUAUACAGUGUUUGUUUACAUUGAACUUGUUUAUAAACAUUUGCGUAAAACAAGCUGAUAUUUUGGGUUCUGAUGAGGUAUGACAGUUGAACCAUGCUCAUCAGGCAUCUAUGUUAUAUUCUUCAAGAAUCAAUGGGUAUACAGUAUAUCAUUCAUUUCUAAGUCCAAAAAUUGAUGUAGCAACUGUAGAUUUCCCCUUUAAAUGUCA